CGCCCCUCUCACUGAACUCUUGAAAAAAGAGGGGUUCUGUGGACAACUACAACGACGGAGGCCUUCGAACAACUAAAGGAAUUAAUGGCGAAAGCACCGGUGUUGAGAUUGCCCAAUUUCGAGUUGACGUUUGUCAUUAAAACAGAUGCGUGUGCAACAGGCAUCGGAGCCGUGCUCUUGCAGGAGGAACAACCGGUGGCGUACUUCAGCAAAAAACUAGGACCAAGACAGAGGGUGGCAUCAACGUAUCAAAAAGAGUUGUUGGCAAUUGUCGAAGCUGUGGGCAAAUGGCUACAAUAUUUGCUCGGACGCGAAUUCGUGAUACGUUCAGAUCAAAAGAUUUUGCGCGAACUUUUGCUGCAGGUCGUGCAAACCCCAGAUCAGCAAUUCUACCUCAGGAAAUUAAUGGGAUACAAGUUUCGAAUCGAGUACAAGCCGGGGCCAUCCAACAAGGUGGCUGAUGCCUUAUCGAGACGCGACGACGGCGAUAAUGAAUUGCUGGCCCUCACAAGUGUGGUUCCAGAUUUGUUGGAAGUGGUGAGAAAGGAAAACAGAGAGUUUAUGGAUUUAAUGAAGCUCCAUGAGAUGCACCAAACAGCUAUGCUGCCACCAGACAUGAUGGCGGAACAACCAGCAGUCGGGCCGGAAGCUGUGAUAGGAAGAAGGACCAUCUUCAAAAAAGGCCAGCCAGUCGAAGAGCUACUUGUACGAUGGGAAGGUGGAGAGGAUUCUGAUGCCACAUGGGAGGAUCGACGCCGAUUCCAGGAGGAGUUCCCAAUGAUCGACCUUGAGGACAAGGUCGUUUCCGAUCGGGAAAGGGAUGAUACGACGGAGUCAACGCCUAGGAUGCCACAAGAUUAUUGUCCCCUUUUCUCACCUCUUCCUCCUCCUUCUCCUCCCACCGGUGCACCACCACAAGGAGUAGGAUGUACAAUAACCAACCACCACAAGUUCGACGACGAAGACGACGCUCCCUAUGUUGCCAUCCAACAACCUGACGCAACGCUAUUCUUCAGACGACAACAACAACAACAACAUGUUCUGAUGCCGGACAACACCACCACCAGCGGCAAGAUCAAGGGAAAGAACACGCGGCGCUACAAAUCCUCGACGGUGCAAGGGGAGAGCAGCACGAGUGAAGAGAAGCAGAGGAGGAUGAUGCAUAGAGACAUUGAAAGACAAAGGCGGCAAGAAAUGGCUAGCCUCUAUGCCUCCCUCCGCAACCAACUCCCUCUUGAAUACAUCAAGGGAAAGCGUUCAGUGUCAGAUCACGUGAUGGAGGCAGUGAGGUACAUUGAACACAAGCAGAAGAGCAUACGCGAGCUAGAAGAGAAGAGGGACAUGUUAAGGAGUUGGAGUAAAAACGACGAUGAGGGAGAUUGUCACGUGGCGGCGGCAGGCGCUUCACAGGCGGCCGCCACGGUCACAGUCCGGCCGUGUUUGGAGGGGGUUGAGAUACUGAUCAGUUGUGGGAUUCCCAAACUAGGGUUUAGGGUUUCAAGGGCUCUUCAUCUGCUUGGGGAUCAACAAGGCCUUCAACUCCUCAGCUGUGUUUGCUCCAGAGUUGAUGAUACACUACUCCACACCAUAAGAGCUCAGGUAAGUCCUCAUGCAAGAGUUGAUUUUCAAGAGCUGCAACGGAAUCUGAUUUAUGCUCUAAAUAGCUAGAAAGCCAGCAGCAUAAUAAU